CGUCGCGACGUUUCGUAUGGCCGCCAUGUUGUUCGUGUCUAGGUCCCCGCGUCUUCCGACCACCUUCCCGAUCCUCGUCGUUGGUUUCUUCUUGUUUGGGAACGUCCGAGUUUCCGCCCUGGACCACGACGGAGGCCACGUGUACAUACCGACUCAUAUCACGGCUAGCCACGGGUGCACCAGGGGAGACUGGUCGGCCUGGUCGCUGUGCACGGACCAAUGCGGUGGGAACGGUACCCAGUACCGGAGGCGGCACAACAGCUACCACUGCCCGCAUCACAAGGAUUUGGUGUACCGGCAGUGUAACCGGCGCUGUUACAACGGCGGGGAGCUGACCGACUACAGCGGUUCCUGUGACUGUCCUGACAACUUCGACGGUUCCUGCUGUGAGACGUACGAUGAUUCCGUGGCCGUCACAUCGUUUGAUUGCUACUCCUGUGACGAAGCAUACAGUUCGCAAUCAACUUGCCUGAAAAACCCAACUUCUAUGCCUACCGUUAGCUGUAACACCACAUGCUUUGUGGAGCUUACGCUGUCAGACGACGAUCCCGAUGCCGUCACUCACAUCAAGCGGGGUUGUAAGUCUGUUGCCGAGGUUGAGGCCGGACCGUGCGUUCCCCAAGCCUGUCCCAACGCCGACUUCCACCCCUACCACAGCGUCCCUGACAACGGCACAUGCGCACUGUGCUGCGGCACCGACCUCUGCAACCACGGCCUCCCGCCAAGCAGCGCGGCGGAAGUGACGCACAACAUCGUUUCCGCUAUACUGAUGCUAGCAAUAGCAUUGCUGUUGAAAUAAGCUCAAUGCUCGAAAUUGAUAU